CUAAUUACCUAUUAGUGAAGACGUAUCGAGAUAUAAUCCUCAUUUGUCAAAUAUAGGGAUAAUAUAUCAAUGCAGCCAUUUGAGCUGGGACAGUGUACGCAGAAAUACUGAAGUUGGAGGAGGGCGAAGAGGAGGAGCAUCCGCACGACCUGCACCAUGCAGCGCUGCCAGAUUCACCACCAAUUGGGGCUGCUUUAGCAAGCCACAUUCUUUCUGCAUGUACAUACUCCACUAGUUAACCAAUGGCAGCAUUGGCCCGCGCGUCCAAUGGGUGCUCCACGCUGGCCCUCGCUGCACCCCUCGAGCUCCAAAUUCCACAAUGCAGCGAGCGCGCUUUUGUUUCUGGUGGGCACUUCCGCAGACGAAGAAACCCCGCUCGGAAUGUGCAAGCGCGCAUUCACAUGCAGGGCGGGUUGAGCCGAGACGCUCAAGGUGCGAACGGGCGCAAGCCAAUUCUGAGCAGUGAAGAAACCCUUGAGCCGCAGCUUGAGAAGCAGCACCCUAGCAGACGAGACCUCUUGCUUUUGACUGGCGCCCUAAGUGUUGCCAUCACACAGCCCGCAAGAGCAGAGGAUGAUGCAGCCCCCCCUAGCGAAGCCCCGUCCGCCGCCCCCCCGGCUGAGAGCCAGAAUGCGCCCCCUCCUCCAGACACGCAGGCAUCAAUUGAAACGCCCCCCGCAAAGCCCGCAGAGACGCCCCCCCUGGCAGAGAGCGGCGCUGCUAAGGAAAAACAGGCGCCAAAACCGCCAGGGCCGAACACAACAAUCACUGCAAGGGCGUAUCUGGACGUGAUGGUGUGUCCGGGGGGGACGUCGCGGAGCGACAGAACGCUCGGAGAUUCGAACAACAUCUGCACGGCGGAGAGUGGGGGGGAGAUGCUGGGGCGCAUUGUGAUUGGGCUAUAUGGAAAGCAGGUACCCCGGACGGUAGCCAACUUCAUUGCAAUGGUGACGGGAGCUUCUGGGUCUACCUACAAGGGCACGAUCUUUCACAAGAUCAUAGAAGGCCAGUACAUUCAGGCGGGCAAGCAAGGCUCCCGGUCAGAGGGCCAUGUGUUAGCUCCCUCCGCCCUCGAGAAAAACGGGGAGAGCGUCAAACCGAGCGCAUUCGCACUGCCGCACACACGGCCCGGUACGGUCUCGCUAUGUCUCGGUGUGAAUGACGACGAGGAGGACCGGAAGCUGAGCGAAGAGUAUCGGAACGUGGAGUUCCUCAUCACGACGGGCCCCGGACCAGCCUCGUCUUUGGACGGGAGCAACAUUGUGUUUGGAACCGUGCUCGAAGGAAUGGACGUAGUGUCUCGGAUCGCGGCCGUCCCCUCCUACCAGCCCAACAUCCGGAUAAAGCAGUUCAACGAGUUGGCCGAGUUCUUGGGCGACGAGCGCGCGGAAACCGCGCGCAAAUUCUGGGACCGGCCCCUGCAGAAUGUCGUCAUUGCGGGUUGCGGGAUCAUUCAACCCAAGCCCAGCCCACUACCAAACGGCCAACCUUGACCAUCUGAGUUGUUAAGUUUGUGCACCGUGCAGCAGAAUUUUGUCCCCGUCCGCCUGUGUACCGUACGGCUUCGCAGAUCGAUCCUGCACACCGCAACUACGUCAAAUGUUUGUGUCUGAUGACCGCAUCUGGCAUCGACAACGGUUGAAGACGUAGGUCUUUUCGUCACCAGAGGGUGGCGCGUUUGGAUAGUCUACCUUCUCUCGCCUUCAAAGUAAAGUCGGGAAGCUUAUG